CAAGCAGUGACACUGACAAGUGUUAGUAAACUAGGGUCGAAGAGUUCUUGGUUGAUACUAAGUUUAAGCUGUAUCUGUAUUUAGAUAGAGCCUUUGUGUUCACAAAGUGAUUACCUUUCGAGAAUAAUUCUUUUCAGUUAGUUGUAACAAACUGAUGGUAAGAAUUUCAUGACAAUUUGAAAAAUGUCGUCUCCAAGUGCUGGAAAAAGACGUAUGGACACGGAUGUUAUUAAACUCAUUGAGAGUAAACAUGAGGUAACUAUCCUUGGUGGACUCAAUGAAUUUUGUGUAAAAUUUUAUGGACCUAAAGGAACCCCUUAUGAAGGUGGUGUAUGGAAAGUACGAGUGCACUUGCCAGAACAUUAUCCAUUUAAGUCUCCAAGCAUUGGUUUCAUGAAUCGUAUCUACCAUCCCAAUAUCGAUGAAGUGUCUGGUACUGUCUGCUUGGAUGUGAUUAAUCAGGCAUGGACUGCUUUAUAUGAUCUAUCAAAUAUAUUCGAAUCGUUUCUUCCGCAACUAUUAACCUACCCCAAUCCAAUUGAUCCACUCAACGGAGAUGCAGCUGCGAUGUAUCUUCAUAAGCCUGAAGAAUACAAAAAGAAAGUACAAGAGUACGUACGGAAGUACGCGACAGAGGAAGCUCUUCGGGGUCAGGAGAACGUUAGCUCCGAUAGCGAAUCAAGUAUGUCAGACUUUUCGGAAAAUGAAGCUGAAGACAUGGAGUUAUAACGCAGGCUAUCAUCAAUCUCCAAAAGCUCGCUCAAAUCAACUUCCUCCCGAUUAGGUGACAUUGAUGAUUCAACAGAUGUGAUCUUAAAAAAGAGUUUUUUAUAUAGUUCUGAUUGUUUUGA